UGGGACAUCUUCAUUUUAACAAGCAUGUGAACACAUGGUAGAAACGCUCAGCUGCAUGUUGGUACAACAAUCAGAAACAAAACAGAAAACUAAAAGAAAAAGGACUGAUACCAGUGACCAAAGUGGAACAUGAUGUCUCCUCUGUCAGACGAAGGCCAAUCAGAGGUUACAUUUAAGAUUCAACCUCAUCCCGAGACUAAAAUCCAACAUAACACGCAGUGUGACAACACAGAGGAAACUGAUGAUACAACGAAAGAAGUGAGUUGUUCACAAGACACAAACCCAGAAGACGAUGAGUCCCCUCUUCCUGUCCAUCCUCCUCCCAGUCCACCAAUAAACAAACGUGCGAUUUCCACUGAAGACGCAGCAACUGAUGAAAGUCCAGAGCCAACUCCUCCACCUGUCCAUGAUGAGAAAACAUCUGCUGCUCUUUGUGUGCCUCCUCCACGCCCUCCUCCACCUGCCCUCUACUGUGACAGAGCACGUUCUGGAAAGAGGACUGAGGAGGACCUGCUGUCCAAAUGUUCAGUGACCAGAUCGCAGUCCUCAUCACCUAUCUAUGAAGAACUGAUGAACUUCUCUGUAGCUCAUGAUGAAUCGAGUUGUUCAGAAAACACAGAAGAUGAUGAGACUCCUCUUCCAGUUCGUCCUCCUCCCAGUCCACCAAAAAGCAAACGUGUGAUUUCCACUGAAGAUGCAGCAACUGAUGAAAGUCCAGAUCCAGCUCCUCCAGCUGUCCAUGAUGAGAAAACAUCUGCUGCUCCUCGUGUGCCUCCUCCACGCCCUCCUCCACCUGCCCUCUACUGUGACAGAGCACGUUCUGGAAAGAAGACUGAGGAAGACCAGCUGUCCAAAUGUUCUGUGAUCAGAGUGCACUCCUCGCCACCUAUCCACAAAGAACUGGUGAACUUAUCUGCAGCUCAUGAUGAAGCGACCUCAGAUGUGGGUUUUGCUCGGGCCCAGUCCUGCCCUGCUCGAUCUAUGCACCUACCAGCACGCUGCACCACAGUGGUAUACGGCGCUGAGCAUCACCAGAUCACAAAGGCACACUCAACUUUGUUCACUCUGCCAGCCCGGCAAUCAAAAAGCACACUGCACCAACCAACCAGCAUGUCAGAGUGCAGUCAGCUUGAGGACCGGCCAUACCUGCACGUACUACCAGACAAAAAUACGAUCUCAAGACGAAGGCCACCGACAUUCAACCCGCCAGCUCCGCCUACAACAGAGACACAGUCUGAUACAGAAUCAGUGUACAGUAAGAUCAGCUAUCGUCCCUCCGUGCGCAGUUUUUCAGAUGAUGAUGAUGAUAGGAUGUCUCAAGGCAGAUCAACGCCUCUUUUUGGACAAUAUCAAAGUGCAUAUUUCCCUCCCCCUCAGUCAGCCUCAGAGGAUACAGAGGUAAGGCCUGAGGAUAUUGAAGGGAUGUUACGAUGGUUGAAAAGAGUAUCAAAAUCCAGUUAUCUGGCUCCAUCAAAGUACAACAUGGACAUUGAAGAUGAAAUCAGAGAAUGUAACGAGAGAGCUGCAGAUGUGAAAAAGGCUCUGCGUCUCUACAACCUCCUCAUGAUGAAACGCAAUGAAAAGCUGAGGGACUAUAUCUCAGAAUUUAUCACCAUCUCAGACACUCUGGACAAAGUCCACAAAAAGAACAAAACCAUAGGCAUUGCUGGAGGGACCACGGGUGCUGUGGGCGGGAUGACGGCAGUGGUGGGACUCGCCUUGGCUCCCGUGACCCUGGGCGCCUCACUAAUUGCGACAGUCGUUGGUGCUGGUAUGGUGGCAUCAGCGGGGGGCAUGGGGGCCCACGCUGCCAAGGCCAGUAAGAAGAUUGUGAACAAAAAGUCAGUGGAAAAUCUGGUGUGCAAUUACAUGACAAACAUUGUUGACAUUGAAUUUUGUCUCAUAUUUAUCCUGUGUGCGAUGAAUGAACUGCGGAGACAUGACCUCGCCAGGUUGCACAGAGCAGGGGCCCCGGCCAAUGCCCUGAAGAUGACACAGCUGUCAGAGCAGGUGUUUAUGGACAGUAUGAGCAACACUCAGAGGAAACCUGCUGCACACACUGGCGGGAUGUCUUCUGAAAAACUGCUGAAGGCUUUUGAUAAAGAAAUCGAUAUGUAUUUUUCAGAGAGAAAUGGUCAGAAAUUGAAGAAGUCGUGUCAGAGCAAGUUUUCAGGCAGAGUCCGUCUGCUGGGUGUGAGUCUGCAGGAGGAGCUGGAUUAUCUGAAUCACAUGUGGGAAAAGUUCAGCUGAGAGAGAGGGCAGGGGGCUGUAUUUGUGCAGUCAGUAUGUCUUCAUAUAAAUAUAUAUUUAAUAUGUUUUAAUAAACGUGGUAGUUAUAAUUCUCUUUACUACGACCUCUAAUUGAGCUAUAAAAUUGUGACCCUGCCACUGAAGUGCCAGACGGUUUGUUUAGAACGUCUCAACACUAAAAUCGAAAGACCUCUUGCUUAAUGAACACAAUAGCAAAUGAUUUUUGCACCUACCAGAUUCUUAAAGGGGUCAUGUGAAUGGCAUAAUGAUACAUACUUUAUUGGAUUAAGACUAUUAUUACGCUGCAAAAACGGAUAUGUAAGAAAGUAGAAAAGACUUGUUUAAAGAAAAUUUGACUUAAUUUUUGUCUGAAUAGAAAAUCUUGUAAAGCGUUUUUUACAGAAGAAAAAAUGUCUUAUUUUGGGAAAGCGUAUUUUACGUUUUCCAGUUAAUAUGUAUUCCUUAUUACAUGUCUGUUUAUGUAUCACGCCCUGUAUCAUGCCCCAAUGUAUCUGUAUCAACUUGAGGCCGAGGGCUGAUACAGAUACAUUGGGGCGUGAUACAGGGCGUGAUACAUAAACAGGCAUGUAAUAAGAUAUUUAUCAGAUAUUACAAGAAAAAUAAAGAAAAAGAACCAUAUAAUUAUCGUCAACUCCAUUUAAUAACAACUCAUUUACUCACUACACCAACAGCGUUCAUUCAACACUUGUACUAAUAAUAAAUAGCAUAAUGAGUAGGUCUGAUCUAUUCAUGGUUUUAGAGUAUCCCAGAAUCCUUUGCGCGCUGGGGAGGAAGGCUUGAUAAUGGCUCAGCUUAAUGUUAACUUUAACAUUGAAAAUGCCAUAGGCAUGCUAACACAUUAGCAUCUGUCCCGUUUUUAAGUUAUAAAAUAUCAACUGUUUCAGAAGACCAUAACAGGUUGGUUUAACAUAAAAAAGAUAAAUAGUACCCACAGACAUACGCUCUUUAGGGUUUUAGCGGGGAAAAAUUAAGAUAAAGUGAAAUUUAAAAAAAAUAACCAACAAAGCAGCAUAUCGAAGAUCAAAGCACUGCUUCAUUGGUUCAAGGUUCAAAGCAA